AUGAACACCUCUACAACUGCCUCUACAACUGCCUCUACAAGUGUCGAUCUUGGGGCUGCUCGGGCUGCGUCUCUGCGACGUGUACGAGAGACAUGGACACGCAUUAUCCAGCACUACUCCCAGGUGGAUGAUACGUAUGGUGAUAUAGUUGAUUUACAUACGGGUGCCAUUCUUAGAGACAAUGGUCAUCUCCGUUCAAUGGGGGAUGCCGGGUCUCUGUGGAGAGCCGAUGUUGGUGUUGAUCUUGUUUCUGGUCAUGAAAAGGACCAUAAUGACAAUAGUGACAACCAACAUGGACAAUUCAACAUUCAGGGGGAAUCUCUCCCUCAUGGGCAACAUUCUACUCGAGCCACCGGUAACGCAGUCUCUGGUCCGCGACGACGUUUCGUGGACAGAAUAGCAGAUCGGCGUACAUUGGGGACGUCUCCACGUAGUGGGCCCUUCACACGCAACAAGGUGGGUCCUGGUGGCGACGACCUUCUUGGCCCGCCGCUCUCCAAGGGUCCUGUGCACGCCGACGCGCUACCGCCGUCGCACGCUCCGCCUGUGCGCCCGGCGUCUCCGCAACUUGACUGGGACCCGCUGACGGUAACGCGCGACCGUCUGUUACCGCCGCCGCUAGACACGCCAUCCAAAAUGCGACGGCUAAGAAAGGCGCUGCAACGGAAACAUAAGAAAAAACCAAUACACAAACACCUACGUAGAUUUAUUAGACAACAGUUACAACAUCUGCAACAACAAUAA